CUCAGUACGUAUUCACUACUCUCCAGGCUCCAGCACAAAGAGUAAGAUAAGAGAACAAAACAGAGAAGCAGAAAAUGGAAAAGGUUAAUGAAAUUAGGAACGCUCAAAGAGCAGAGGGUGCGGCUAGUGUCCUAGCCAUUGGCAGGGCUAAUCCACCCAAUUUUAUACUCCAAUCUGAAUAUCCUGAUUACUAUUUUAGGGUCACCGAAAGUGAACACAUGGUUGAUGUCAAAGAAAAGUUCAAGCGCAUUUGUGACAAAACAAUGAUAAGGAAGCGGCACUUUUUCUUGACUGAUGAAAUUUUGAAGGCUAAUCCCAGCAUGUUAACUUAUGGAGAUGUAUCACAUGAUGCUCGUCGUGAAAUGACAAUCGAGUACCUACCAAAGCUUGGUAAGGAAGCCGGUCUUAAAGCAAUCAAAGAAUGGGGUCAACCCAAGUCCCAGAUCACCCACCUAAUCGUGUACAACACCUUGGCUUUAUCCAUGCCUGGUGCUGACUACGAGCUAGCUAAAGCUCUUGAACUUGAACCUACAGUUCAUAGGACUGUAAUGUACCUUGUAGGUUGUCAUGCUGGACCCCACAUUCUCCGACAUGCUAAGGACAUAGCUGAGAAUAACAAAGGUUCCCGUAUCCUUAUAGUAUGUGCUGAAACCACUACUGUUAAUUUUCAUGGUCCUUCUGAAACUCAUAUUGAUUCAUUAGUAGGACAAGCACUAUUUGGUGAUGGUGCUGCUGCUGUCAUUGUUGGAGCUGAACCAGAUUACUCUAUUGAGAGGCCAUGUUUUCAUAUUAUUAUGGGAACACAAAACACUAUACCUAACACUGGUAGUGCAGCUGGUUCUGAGAUCAUUAACAUGGGACAAACUUUCUGUCUUAAUAGAAACCUACCAUGUUUAAUUUCUAAGCACGUUCAGGAAAGUCUUUCUAAUUUAUUUAAACCCAUUGGAAUUACUGACUGGAAUUCCAUAUUUUGGAUCGCACACAAUGGUGGUCCUGCAGUUCUUAAUGGUGUUGAGUCUGAACUCAAACUUGAUAAGGAAAAACUUAAAGUCUCAAGACAUGUGCUAAGUGAAUAUGGAAAUAUGUCAAGUGUUGGGGUGUUGUUUAUGAUGGAUGAGAUGAGAAAGAGGUCACUUGUACAAGGAUAUAAAACAACUGGUUUAGGGUAUGAAUGGGGUAUUAUGUUUGGUUUUGGUCCUGGCCUUACCAUUGAGGCCCUUGCUCUACGUAGUGUUCCUUUACUCGAAUAACUACACUACGGAUCCACUAUACUUUUAUUCAUUAAAUUUGAAACAACUACCCAUCUUUUAUACUUAUAUUAAUACAUUGGUAUAUUAUGUAAAUUAUUUUCUGUCGUUCAUGAGCUUAUUCACUCAAUAAUACUAUCUAAGGCUCAUUCGUGUCGUGUCGUGUCAUUGUCACUGUGUCUACUUGAUUGUACUUCUAAUAUAUAUAUUAUCGUGUUUUAUACUUGUAUCAAUGUAAAUUAAGUCCAUGUUAUGGAUUGUAUAUUAUGGUCAAAUUGCAUUCCUUCAUUUUCUUAAUAAAUGUAUUAUAUUUGUCUUAUUUUAUCAAUAAUAAAUGUAUGAUUUGUCUUA